AUGGCUAGUCUACUAUGGUUUGCUCACUUUCUCUCCUUCCUUUUGUUUCACUUGCGUUUCCAAGCUGGUUCCUCUCUACCUUUUUCUUUCAAUUCCUCCUCUGCAGCCAUGCCGUGCCAACAUGACCAGAGUCUUGCCUUGGUCCAAUUCAUGAAAACCUUUUCUAUUAGAAGUAAUGCCUCUUCCUGGGAUUUCCUUUACCCCAAGCCUUAUCCCAAGACAGAGUCUUGGAAAGAGGGCACAGAUUGCUGCUUGUGGGAUGGGGUCACUUGCGAAAUAGAAACAGGUAAUGUAAUUGGCCUUAACCUUUCUUCUAGCUUGCUCUAUGGUACCAUCCAUUCUAAUAAUUCUCUUUUCCUCCUUCCUCAUCUCCAAAAGCUUGACCUCUCCAACAAUGACUUCAACCAAUCUCAAAUUGUGCCUCAAUUUAGCCAGUUUUUGAAUUUAAGGUAUCUUAACCUAAAUCACUCUGUUUUUGAGGGCCAAAUUCCACUAGAAAUUUCUUAUCUGCCUGCUUUGGUUUCGCUUGAUCUUUCUAAGAACCCUUAUUUGAUACUUGAAACCUUUAUUUUUAACGAGCUUGUUCAAAACCUGACCCAGUUACAGCAAUUGGACUUGAGUGAAAUAAACAUGUCCUUGGUCGGGUCUAGUUCCUUGAUGAAUUUGUCUUCUUCUUUGACAUCUCUCAAACUCAGCGAAUGCCAAUUGCAAGGGAAAUUCCCAGAUAUCAGUCAUCUAUCCAAGUUGGUUUUAUUGGACCUCUCCUAUAACAAUUUUAGUGGUGAGAUUCCAUCCUCAUUGGAAAAUUUUAAACAGCUUGAUACUUUAUACCUUGACAACAACAAUCUCAAUGGUCAAAUUCCAUCCUUACUCGGAAGCCUUAAGGAACUCUCCUCAUUGGACCUCUCCUAUAACAAUUUUAAUGGUGAGAUUCCCUCCUCAUUUGAAAACCUUAAACAGCUUUAUUAUUUGGACCUCUCCUGUAACAAUUUUAAUGGUGAGAUUCCCUCCUCAUUUGAAAACCUUAAACAGCUUUAUUAUUUGGACCUCGAAGAAAACAAUCUCAAUGGUCAAAUUCCAUCCUCACUUGGAAGACUUAAGAAACUCUCCUCCUUGUACCUCUCCUAUAACAAUUUUAAUGGUGAGAUUCCCUCCUCAUUUGAAAACCUUAAACAGCUUCACAGUUUGUACCUCUGUAAAAACAAUCUCAAUGGUCAAAUUCCAUCCUUACUUGGAAGCCUUAAGAAACUCUCCUCAUUGGACCUCUCCUAUAACAAUUUUAAUGGUGAGAUUCCCUCCUCAUUUGAAAACCUUAAACAGCUUCACAGUUUGUACCUCUAUAAAAACAAUCUCAGUGGUCAAAUUCCAUCCUUACUUGGAAGCCUUAAGAAACUCUCCAUGUUGGACCUCUCCUAUAACAAUUUUAAUGGUGAGAUUCCCUCCUCAUUUGAAAACCUUAAACAGCUUGACAAUUUGUACCUCCACAAAAACAAUCUCAGUGGUCAAAUUCCAUCCUCUCUUGGAAGACUUAAGAAACUCUCCUCAUUGUACCUCUCCUAUAACAAUUUUAAUGGUGAGAUUCCCUCCUCAUUUGAAAACCUUAAACAGCUUGAAAGUUUGUACCUCUAUAAAAACAAUCUCAGUGGUCAAAUUCCAUCCUUACUUGGAAGCCUUAAGAAACUCUCCAUGUUGGACCUCUCCUAUAACAAUUUUAAUGGUGAGAUUCCCUCCUCAUUUGAAAACCUUAAACAGCUUGACAGUUUGUACCUCCACAAAAACAAUCUCAGUGGUCAAAUUCCAUCCUUACUUGGAAGCCUUAAGAAACUCUCCUCAUUGGACCUCUCCUAUAACAAUUUUAAUGGUGAGAUUCCCUCCUCAUUUGAAAACCUUAAACAUCUUGUAAUUUUGGACCUCAGCAACAACAAUCUCAGUGGUCAAAUUUCCGAUUUAUCCAAUAACUUGUUACAUGGCCCAAUUCCAAGUUCAAUUUUCGAACUUAUGGACUUGAGAGUUCUCAUUCUUUCAUCCAACAAAUUGAUAGGAGAAGUCUCAUCUGUAGUUUGCAAUCUAAAUUCUCUUGAAAUUCUUGACUUGUCGAACAAUAGUUUGAAUAGCUUCAUACCACAAUGUUUGGGAAAUUUCAGCAAUAAUCUUUCAGUAUUGCACUUGGGCAUGAACAAAUUCCAAGGAACCAUCCUUGAAACGUUUUCAAUAGGCAGCAACUUGAGAUAUUUGAACUUCAAUGGUAACCAAUUGCAAGGGAGAAUCCUACCUUCCAUCUGCAAUUGUAUAAAUUUGGAAAUUUUAGAUCUUGGAAACAAUAAUAUAGAUGACACAUUCCCCCAUUUUCUGGGAACACUUUCGAAGCUACAAAUUCUAAUUCUAAAAUCCAAUAAAUUUCAUGGUUUGGUGAAAGGGACUUCUGCCAAUUAUUCAUUCUCAAAGCUGCGAAUUUUUGACCUCUCCAACAACAUGUUUAGCGGACCUCUACCUGCGGAGUAUUUCAACAAUUUCAAGGCAAUGAUGAUCUUUGAUUUGAAUAUGAAAUACAUGGGGGCGCCAUAUGCUUCUUAUGAUUAUUCUGUGAGUCUAACACUCAAAGGCUUAGAGAUUGAGUUGGUGAAAAUCCAAACGCUUCUUACAUCCAUUGAUUUGUCGGGCAAUAAAUUCACAGGGGAGAUCCCACAGUCAAUUGGAAAACUUAAAUCACUUAAGUUGCUCAACUUGUCUCACAAUCAACUCACAGGCAAUAUUCAACCAUCAUUGGGGAAUUUGAGCAAUUUGGAAUCUUUAGACCUCUCUUCAAAUCUUCUUGUUGGAAGGAUUCCAAUGCAGUUGACAUAUUUGACAUUUUUGGAAGUGUUUCGGGUUUCACAUAAUCAACUUGAAGGACCUAUUCCGGAAGGAAAGCAGUUCAACACAUUCGAUAGCACUUCAUAUGAAGGAAAUUUGGGAUUGUGUGGAUUUCCGCUAGAAAAAUGUGACAGUGGGGAGAGGCAACAACCAACAGCAUCAAAAGAAAUUGAUUCCAAGUCUAAAAUUGGAUUUGGAUGGAAAGCUAUAUCGGCGGGGUAUGGAUGUGGAGUAAUAUUUGGUAUUGCAAUGGGAUAUGUUGUGUUUAAAACAAGAAAACCUGCAUGUUUUGUGAGGAUGGUUGAAGGUGAAAGGCAUCGAAAGCUAAAAAGAUUUAGCAAUUAA